CUCAUCGAUCAGUCCUCAUCCCCUGACCCGCGUCGAACACACGCCACCUGGCAUCCUAUCCGGACCACUUGGACCACCCUUCCUCAAAAAUAUAUUGUGCUAUACAAAACCAUAUGCCGCAUCCACAGCAAGAGCAGGCACCCGUAAACUCGUUUGGCCGCGGCCGCAUCUUUCAAGAUGACUUACCGACUGCAGACAGCCUCUUUGGAAACAAUGCCCCGUUUCUCUCUAACCUCGCCAGGAGACCGAUCCCUGAUGGGAUGGCAAAGCCGGUCCACGAAGUCACAGCCGUUUCGUCUGUCUCAGCCAAUUUCCAGCACUCAGCUCCUGGUCCCAGUCACUCUCCCAUCCAGUCCCUGAUCCGGCCUUCUGUCAGGCCCCAUCUUCAAUAUCAAGUCCGCCCCCUGCCUGUGCCUCAACAUAGUCCCGGCCGACUUCAGCAGCCGCAAGUACAUCUGGACCAACAGCAGCAAGAAUCGCACUUACACCACAACCAGCAGCAGCAGCAACAGCAUCUACAUCAGUAUAAUCUUCCGCGACCGCAUAGAGGGCAGUACACUCCACCUCAGGGACAUAUACCACCCCUACAACAACGGCCAGAAGAAAGCUCAGGGCGUUCUCCAGCUCUCAAUCCUUGCCAUGCACAAUGGAGUCCACCGGUGCCACAAUGCGCUGAACAGCACUCACCAUCAAAAGCAACUUCUCCAGGAAGGUGGAGGGAUUUGUCGCAGGUUGUAUCUGUUUCGCCUGCAGACACUACAACAUCAGCGCACACAACAGCGUACAAGUCUACCAAAGAUAUCCUCCCUUCUGCGGAUGUUCUCUUUGGUGGUCCACCAGCUAUUGAACUUUUCCAGCCAGUAAUACCGCCAUCUCAACUGCCAUCGUCGUGGAAGCAUUCGCAAUUACAUUCGCCUACACUGUCAACAGGACAGCAACAACCGCACAACCCGCAUGAUACCGGUCGGUGGCAUCUCAUGAGCGUGUUGAAUACCAGUACUUCCCCUCCGUCGCCAACCAUGGCACCAGACCAUAUAUUACCCGCUAAUUCCGAAAUUCAUACGAGCCCAGAAGAAUCGAGAAUGCUUCCAGAAAUUGCAGCCGUGUCGCUUCCAUAUGCCCCUGUACAGAGCUCACUGGAACAUCCUUGCACAUCCGGUAGCAUCACGCAGGCCGCAACGAUGGGGAAGGUCAGGACAGAUAUCCGGGACAGCUCGCCCUCACACGAUACCCACCUAGAUGUUGUUUACAGUCAGAACGAUUGCAGCAGUCAACAACAGCUGUCUGAAACAGCGCAGGACUCUGACUCGCCUCGAUUGUUUGCAGUAUCCCCAGACACGGACACAUCCAAGCUCUUUUCUGGUUCUUCAGCUGUGGACUCGUAUGCCUUCUUCACAGACUUAUCCCAGCAGCCUUUAACAGAGUUCGUUGUCAGCACAAUCGUCCCUUCUCCCACACCUGCUAUGAACAUACAUGCGUCAAUGGAUAUUUCUAAAGAUCUUUCAAGUUUUACUGAGGAGUCCAUACCGACAUCCCAGAACUCGAUCGAUACGGUCUUUCGGGAGGAGCAAAGAGAAGACGCAUUAGCUAUCAAUCAAGGCAUCGCAGGUUCUUCAAAGCCUGAUCUUGCGACUCGCGACGUUGGUCUCAUAGCCAAUGUUGAGGACCAGGGACUCAGCUCUCACGUUAACAACGUGCUUAGACCCACACCCAAAGUUUCUCAGAGGUCCAUAGAGUCCUCAUAUCCCUCGCCGGCUAUUCCUGAACACCAUAUGAGAUUAGAUCUGAUUUAUAACAAAACUUUUGGGAGUCAGGAUCUUGUGCAGCCCGGACAAAGACACCCGGAGCCUGCCGUAGUAUGUUUAUCCUCACCCCUGAAGUCCUUCCCUGAGCAUUCGGAUCAAUCCCAGUGGCCUCAGCAAAGAUCCUUGGAGGACCAGGAACCCCAUUCAAAAUUUUACCAGCAUCAAGAGCACCCCCAGACCAGCGAUAGCCAACAUCAUGGUCACUUAGAGAAUACUCAUGUUCAGAGUGCUUAUCCAUCGGCCAUUGACACUCAUCAGCAUCCACUGGUAUCAGUAACCCAUGUCAAGGAUGAAUCGACGUUGCUGUCACGUGUGGACCAAACUUCCAUCAGCACAUCCCAACCUCCGAAGCCUAUGCAGCCAGGGCUGUCUUUACUGGUGUCGGACACAGAGCCCCUUCAUCAGGCUCUCAAUCAAGAGAGAACGGCAACGAACGUACAGAGUGCUGUUAGUCCAUCAUACAUACUUCCGCCCCAGCCUCGCGUUCAUCUGCCAAGCCAGACCUACAGCGAGCAGCCUAUGCCAUUUAACAACAGUCUAGCUGACUCUGAUAGCCCCGCCUUUGAUCGCGACGUGAUGACAGCCCAUGAAAGCGUGAUGACAAGACAGUCCGGCAGCUACUCUAUCCUAGAACUUGGCAGUGAACUGGCACAGGCACCUUACUUUCCCCGGACUAGGCAGUCCCCCCUUCUUUACGAUGGUCAUACUGGACAGGCAGCAUUCAAAUCAUCGAAUACACAGUGGUGGAGCACACAACAGGUGGAAUCAGAGGCAUCUGCUUUCGACCAGGUAUCUCUAACUGAGGAUAUUUCAGCUCCAACAGCGUCCACAGCAGAAGCUAUCUCAGCUACGAGUCCUCCUUCUAAAGAGCGUGGCCUUGCGUCUCUGCUGGAUCCCUCGACAUUAAGUGCAGUGGAAGACCUCUUGAAUAUGCCGAAAUCAGCGGCCUUCGAAAGAGGCAUGUCACGACUUUUCAAAGGCGUCAAGAGCAGCGCGACGUCGAUCUUUACUUCACCUCUCACGCAUUCCCAGUCAAAAGCACCUUUAAAUGUACAAGGACAGGAAGAGGAACCUUCAAACAAUCGGGCAGUGGCUUUAGACGACGACAUGCGUCCCACGAGCAGUUCCCCUGUGACUGUAGCGCCCACUCAAUUCAUUACUGGGAUCGAGAGUAGUACAUCCGUACCAUCUCUUCUGCAAUCUAAAGCCGCUGAGCACCACGAGGCUGUCACAUCCAUCCAGAAUUUACCACUGGAGACCAUACCACCACCACCACCACCACCACCCAAAGCUUCUCGGCGACAGUUUCCUGAUGCACGGCCACAUAGUCCUGGGAUAUCCUCUAGUCCGCAGCCUUUAUCAUCGCAGCCAGCAACAUACGACUGGGCUCACAAGCAAGUCGCUCCGUUUGAGGAGCUAUUUGCUUAUACUUCGGCAGAGGCUGCUACUCUAGAUCCUGAUCCCACUGAGCCCGAUUCCUUUAUUGCAGCAAGUUUCAAUGACACGAGCGGAAGUGUUCAUGAACACUUCAGCACGGAAGGUGUUGCUGCAAUGUUAGUGGAAGCCCAGGAGCAAACCCGAGACGCUUUCUGUAAAAAUGGCUGGAAGCGACCGGAAGGCAAUGCAAUUACCCUAGAUCAGACAACGGGUGGAGCUGUGAGGACGUCAGAUGCGACAGCAGAGGAAGUGUUAGACCAUACGUCACAGUCAUCCUUGGAGCAGCUGCCAGGGGAUUUUGAGGGCCUUAGGAUCCAUUCGCUUCAGCCUUUCUCUUCCACAAACAUCAAAUCUAUGACACCCGAUGACCUGCCGCAUCAGCAAUCAUCCAACCCCAGUGUCCUGGGCCAAGAGGCGCUGACCCGAAGGCAAGUGGCGGUGUCGGCGUUUUUAGUGGAGCGAGUAGGAGGCGGCGGAGGUCGAUCUAACACCGACAAAAAAAUCAAGCUGUUGGAAAAGGCGCGCGAACUGCUCGAAAAGCGCCAGCAAAAAUCAAGUCAUCACUCACCACCCCUUGUCAUGCGAUCGCGGGUCAUUAUGAACACUUUUGCUGCAGCAGAGCCAGGAAUGAACGCAGAGGAGCCAUUACCAACAGUCGCGCACCCAACAGAGGACAAUCGCAUCUCACUUGACCUGGGUCGCAGUCAGAAUAAUCGCCAUUCCUUUCUUUCGCCAGUGUUCACGUCCAUCUCACAGGAGAUUGGUGACUCUUCUCAGCUGGAUUCUCCGAGCACCGUUCUAAGUCUUGACGGGGCGUCCCAUCAUUGCCGCAUUCCGACAAACCCUUACUUGACUGAAAAUGAUCAACUCAAGCAGGAAAUCGCAACACUUUUGGCCAAAAUUAAGGCACUGGAAAUGGAACGAGACAGCGCUGCGAAUCCGAAAAUACAGCUACAGAAAUCGCGCGACCUAAUUGACGACAUGCAUCUGGAUAUGCAAAUGGAACAGACAACUCUUCUGAGAUUAUCCUCGGACCAUUCUCAGCAACUUAAUGACUUGAUAACCGAAAACCAGCGACUUCGUGUUGAGUUGGCCCUCUCUCAGGGCGAAACUAAAAGCCAGAGUGUUCACGCAGAUAUGUUGAUCCAAAUCCAGCAUUUGCAACAGGCACUUCAGCAGGCUCAGAAUGUCCAUCGGCGAUACCAAGCUGCAGGUCCAAUUGAACCGGAACAGUUAUCCGACACUCUGGCGGAAAAUGAAAAUCUUCAACAGAAUCCCCAACCUACUCAGCAACAGCCUAAGGAGCAUGUACCCGAGAGCAUCCCGCUGAGCAUCACUUCCGAUAGGGAAACGCACUUCGCAGAACAACUUGCCAGAGAGGCUGAGCUUCUGCGGCGUCAACUCAAAGGGCAGCGAGUAGAGAUGAAGGAGCUGCAAUACACAGUCAGGCGUUCUGAAGCAGAGAAGCGGGACCUUGUCUCAAGGAUUGAAUAUCUAGAGCGCUCUCUCGCAGAUGCCGAAAAGCAUCGAAACGAACUGAAGAGUCACCAAGCCAUGAAGGACGAGGCUUACAAAGUUAUACAGGAGAGGCUCGUUGCUUCAUUUGACGAAGAGAAGGCCCAGUACAUGGACGAGGAGACCUUCAAGUUAGUCAAGCUGGAGCAUCGUUUCAAUCUUCUGCAAGAUGAGUUACAGGCUGUUAGAGCGGAGCAAGACAAAAAUGACAGAGGGGCGACGCAGACAACCUUGCGGCAGUCGACUAUUGAUGAGCAGCUAGAAGGAUGUCAGAGUGUUGUGGCUUUGCAGGAGCAUGUAGCUCAAUUGGAGACGGAACUUGCCGCAGCAGCGGCACUGGAAGCUAGCCUCAGGGCACAAGUAGUGUCUUUGCAGGUCGAAGCAAAGGAAGCGAGAACGAACGAGCAGGAUGUGCGAUGGACUGUAGCGUCCUCAGAGGAAUGCAUGGAAUCUAUGCGACGAGAGUUGACAGCCAAUGUCAUGUUUCAUUCCCAUAGACUCGUGGAGAUGGAUGCUGGUGCUGUGGAUCAGUCGACGACCUUGGCAUCACUCGCGAGUGAACCUGGCCGUUCGCUAGAGCAGGAGGCAGAAUUCAAGAGGGAACUCGAAAUAACAUCGCAGGCUAUCAAUAAGGAUAUUCUCGUCUCUGGCAGCGAGAACUCUGAGCAGAACAAUAUCCUGCAACAAAUAGAAUACAGUCGGCUAGCUGAGCGCGCAUCCCAGUGGCGGGAGGACUGCCUUGAAGCCCAGGAAGAAAAGAUGCGUGUCGAGGAUCAACUUCAGCGCGUUAACAUGGAGUUCAUGGCAGCCAAAAUCGAGAUUGACCAACUGGAGGCCAGUAUCAGAGCAGCAGCUGAGACACCAACGACAGAAUGGGCGCAGCAAGACCUUGAACAGGAGGCGACUGAAACCAAGAAAGAGAUUAUGCGACUGAAGGGCGAGCUAAGGGAUCGAGAUAGAGCCUCGGAGACCUUGUCGAUUAGAGUUCAGCAGCUCGAACAUUUGCAAUCAGAAAACCUUCGACUCAAGCAAGCGUUGGAGACAACUCGAGGCGUAGAGGAUGCAGCAAAACUGGAAGUAUACGACCACGGCAAUCAAAGUCUGCAUCAGCUUUUGGAGGAGGAGAGGAAGGUGCACAGCGAGCAAGUUGAUGGACUUGACAAGCAGCUCCGCAGAGCACAAGUAUUGCUGCUUGAGAGGCAGGCGGAAGUGGAGAAGACAUCUCUUGAGCUGAACGAUAUGAUAUAUAGACUAUCCAAAGCUGAGGGAGACCUUUCCAUUUUCAAGGAACGCCAGAGCGUCGAGCAAGAUCUUACGGGGAAUGCUACUGAGACAGCUACAUUAUUGCAGACUCAACUGGACGACAUUACCAGCAAGUACUUCUCGUUCAUGCAGGAGAUUUCAGAAAAAGAGGCUAGUCUGAAUACCGCAUUAUCAACUUUGGAGAGGGAAAAACAGCGGGCGGAAGAGCAGGUACGCACCUUAACUGGUUCAAUAACGGCACACGUUGAGCAGAACGACAUCCUACAAAGAGAAGUCUGCACGCUGGAGCAGGACCUGGCAUUAACGACCGCGAAGAUGCGUACAAUGCAGCAAGAGGCAGAAAGUUCGAGGGCUCGAGUAACAGAAGUAGAGAACCAGGUGAUGACCUUGCAGGACAGUUACAGACAGGCAGAGGUGGAGCUAGAACUGAUCGUGGACCUGUUUGGAAAAUUGCUUGAUAUUCCAGACGAGCCCGAGGAGAUUGCGGCGUUGGAGAAUACCGCUGUUUCUAUGUUGACCGAAAUCGAGCUUUUAGGAGUGUCAGCUCCAUUGUUGCCACGAGUGGGUGCUCGAUUAAUCGAGCUGCAGAAAGCUGAGGUCAACAAUGCAAAUCGCAUACACGAGUUGGAGGCAGAGCUGCUUCAGCUGAGGCAUAUCAAACCCAUAUUGGGGCCAUCUUCGCAAGACAGCCGCCCCAGAGAGGCGCUAUUGGAUGGGGACCGUGAUCGUGACGCUGAAGUCGAAAAUUUGAAGCGGGACCUGGCCAGAGCGGAACAGGGUAUUAGCAGGCUGCAGCAGUUUCUUCAGGAGUUUCAGAACGAGAAGAAGGCAGCCCUUUAUGAAUUGGAGCAACGUCUAGAGAAUUCGGAUACGGAGGUCGCGCAGGCGCGUGCUCAGCUGGCCAAGGCACAGGCGAUGCUUCUUUCGCGGCCCACCAACCCAUCGACACCGACGCAAGGAGCGUUUUUACUUAUGCCUCAGUCGCCAACACUGCUGCAGGAUAAGGGUCCUUUUCAAAGUCCCCGUCAGGAGCAGCCAUAUCUCCCCAAGAUGUGGCAGGAUGCCAUCGAUGUUGCCUUGACAGACAAGAUGUUCAUGGGCACGGAGCGUAUUCACCACGAGGCCAUCCUAGCCUUGGAGCCGUUGCGGCAGCAAAAGUCAGAACUGGAGAGAACACUUCUAGAUCUGCGACAUCGCUAUGAGCUAUCUCAGAAAGAAAACGAUGCACUGCUGUCGCAACUAGAGAAAGAGAACCAGCAGUUGCGGGCGAGGACAGAGCGGACGAGCCCAGACAUGUCAAGCGAGCAUCUGGAGCGGAUUCGGGAGCUGGAGGAGGAACACUUGGAGUUAACACGGCAGUUGAAGACUGCACAAAGAGAGCACGAGUUUACAAGACAGGACAUGAAAGUGCUGAAGGCAGAGUUGGGAAAGCUCAAACCACGGGCCUGAAAAAAUAAUGCGUAGUAAAAUAGAAAGGAGGUAGGCAAACAAGAUGGGGUGUACUUUUUCUGUGAUUGUUUGUUUAUCGAUAAAUAAAGGAGCGCGUUGCUUGGUCAGAUGGCGCGCAUGUGUUGAGCAUCCACCCCCUAUUAUUAUAUCUUACUGACAUUCGGCCCGUGUCCGUGCCUUGUGCCUGAACCUGAGUUUUGUACCCCUAUUUUUGCACUCAACGGGCCAAGUACAUGAACAGUCGCCUCAUCCAUACAUCAU